AUGCCAACGAGCUCUCCCAAUCAGAGCAUCAUGGCCACGGGGGGAAAAACUGGAUCCAAAUGUCAGGACGCUGCUUCAACUGCAGAAAACCUUCCAGAUUACGAUCCCAACCUGCCCCAGCCCACGUGCAGAAAGGAACUGCUGAAACACUGGAUAAACAUCACUCUCAAUGCCAAAACUGCCAAUAAGUUCCUGUGGGUGGCAGGCGAUGGUGCAACAGUGUCUCGUAAGACGGAUGACCUGACCUGCCCCGUUCUGGAGACCCCAGACCGAUACGAGCACGUUCCACAGAUUUUGUGCAAAGAAGGGAUCGAGGGCUUCAGAGCGUACUGGGAGGUGCAGUGCUCGGGCUGGGUGGUGGUGGGGCUCACGUUUGAAGGAGCAGCGAGGCGGGGGUGCGGAGGACCCACUGGGCUGGGGGAGAACGACGACUCAUGGUGUCUGGGCUGGGGCGGUUCACAUUAUCAAGUGUGGUACAAUGGAGUUAACAAAGAAAUAUGGGACAAGCCUCAAGCUGCGGUCUUAGGCGUCUAUCUGGACCAACCAGCAGGAAUCCUGAACUUCUAUGCAGUCCAGGACCAGGCCCUGGCAGAGGGCAGCGGUGUGACCAAGGAGGUGCUCCUGCUCUAUCAGAUUAAAAGUUCUUUUAGGGGGAAAAUGUUCCCGGGUUUCUGGAUAGGUCAGAAGUCAUCGUGUGUCAUGUUAAAGAAAGAGGAGUAG